AGCAUGAAGCCGGAUCCCAGUGUGAGAUCCCAGUCAGAUCCCAGUGAAGCAGCAGCGACUGGUCGACUCGCUGGAAAGUGACCGAUCCGAUCUCAGGGUCCGGAUCAUGGCCGGGGACGGUGGCUGCUGCCCGACGGAGGAAGAAGAUGGAGCAGAGAGCGACCAGCAGCAGCCUCUCCUCCUGCAGAGAGUGGAGAAGGAACCGGAGAGAAGCUGUCAGACCUCCGUGAGACGUCGUCUGAAGAAAAGCUGCUCAUGCUCCUCGGAGAAGAUCAAAGCCAAAGUGCUGGACUUCUUCCCGAUCCUGAGCUGGAUGCCACACUACAAGCUCCGGGACUGGCUCCUGGGCGACGCCAUGUCGGGGAUCAUCGUCGGGAUCCUCCUGGUUCCACAGUCCAUAGCUUACUCCCUAUUGGCCAGCCAGGACCCUAUCUAUGGUCUGUACACCUCCUUCUUCUCCUCCAUCAUCUACGCCCUCAUGGGCACCUCCAGGCACAUCUCGGUGGGGAUCUUCGGCGUGCUGUGCCUGCUGGUGGGCCAGGUGGUGGACCGGGAGCUGGCUGUGGCUGGAUACCUCCCAGAAGGCAGCAGCAUGGGUAACCACAGCGUCCUCCUGCUGGCCGGCCAGGGGAAUGGCAGCGUCGGGCUGGAAUGUGACAGGAGCUGCUACGCCAUCACAGUCGGAGCCACGCUAACCUUCACUGCCGGGAUUUACCAGGUGCUCAUGGGUAUUUUCCAGGUGGGCUUCGUGUCCGUCUACCUCUCGGACUCUCUGCUCAGCGGCUUCGCCACCGGAGCUUCUCUGACCAUCCUCACCUCGCAGGUCAAGUACCUGCUGGGCCUGAAGAUCCCCCGGCCCCAGGGCUGGUUCACUCUGUGCAAGACCUGGUUCAGCAUCUUCACCGGCCUGGGGAACACCAACCUCUGUGACCUGGUGACCAGUCUGGUGUGUUUGCUGCUGCUGAUUCCAACCAAGGAACUCAAUGAUCGCUUCAAAGCCAAGUUGAAGGCUCCGAUCCCCUUCGAGCUCUUCGUGGUGAUCAUUGCGACCCUGGCGUCUCACUUCGGUCACUUCAACACCGACUACGGCUCCAGCGUGGCCGGGGUCAUCCCCACCGGCUUCCUCCCCCCCCAGAUGCCCUUGUGGUCUCUGAUCCCCAACGUGGCCGUCGACGCCUUCUCCAUCGCCAUCGUGGGCUUCGCCAUCACCGUGUCUCUGUCGGAAAUGUUCGCCAAGAAGCACGGCUACACGGUGGACGCCAAUCAGGAGAUGUUCGCCAUCGGCUUCUGCAACAUCCUGCCGUCGUUUUUCCGCUGCUUCACCACCAGCGCCGCUCUGACCAAGACGCUGGUGAAGGAGUCGACCGGCUGCCAGACGCAGGUGUCCGGGCUCGUCAGCGCCCUCGUCCUCCUGCUGGUGCUUCUGGUUAUUGCGCCGCUCUUCUAUUCCCUCCAGAAGUGUGUCCUCGCCGUGAUUAUCGUGGUCAACCUCCGCGGCGCUCUACGGAAGUUCCUCGACAUUCCUCGCAUGUGGCGCAGCAACCGUGUGGACGCCACCAUCUGGCUGGUCACCAUGGUGACGUCCUCCCUGGUCAACACAGAGCUGGGGCUCCUGGUUGGGAUCCUGGUGUCGGCGUUCUGCGUCCUGGCCCGGACUCAGCAGGUCCAGGUCCUGGAGCUGGGCCAGGCCUCGUCCAGGGAGCACUACGAGGACCUGGCGUCCUACCGCGGCCUCCACACCCAUCCGGGCGUGGCGGUCUUCGGGUACCAGGCGCCCAUCUACUACGCCAACCAGAGCCUGUUCAAGAAAUCUCUUUACAGCCGCGUGGGGCUGGAUCCCGUGAAGGAGAAAGCUCGGCGGGUAAAGCUCCUCAAGCAGCAGAAGAAGAAGAAGAAGAAGAGCAAACAGGAGGAGGUGGCAAACCUGAAGUUAGGAAAAGAGGAGGAGGCUGUAGGGGUCGUGACCCUGAUGCUGGACGACGAGUCGCCUCGGAACCUGCGGAGCAUCGUGAUCGACUGCAGCGCCAUCUUGUUCCUGGACACGGCCGGGGUGGGCGCUCUGAAGGAGGUUCGCAAAGAUUAUGAAGAAGUCGGGGUCCGGGUGGUUCUGGCCCAGUGUAGCACCUCAGUGCUGGACACUCUGGAAACGGGGGGGUACUACCCGGACACCGGAGGAGAUGAUGGGGGGGAGAAGAGAAAGAUCUUCUUCACCAUCGCCGACGCCGUCCGCUCCGUCCAGAGCCGCCCGGCUCCCAACGGAGACUGUGACACCAGGUGCUGAGAAAACAUCUGUCCACAUAUCCACGUUUACAUGUAUGUUUGCAGUUUACAUGUAUGUUUGCAGUUUACAUGUAUGUUUGCAGUUUACAUGUAUGUUGCAGUUUACAUGUAUGUUGCAGUUUACAUGUAUGUUGCAGUUUACAUGUAUGUUUGCAGUGACAAUCUCACAUGAUGCAAAUCAAACAUGCAUCGUUGCCUUUGUGCCUUGUCAUGCUACUGUGGUAGCAGCGGUUAUGUAGAAUAGAUGCAGGAUCAUUUAACUUAAGUUAAAAUGCUAAAAACAUUUUUAAAGUCCUCCUUGUUAAAGUGCUGAACACAUGGAACUUAAAAGUACAAUUUUAAACUUUAUUUUGAAGCAUCAUUUUCUCAGUAUUUUGUUCCUAUACUGAUAAAUCAAUCGAUAUAAAUGUUGCUAUCGAACCAUUUUGACCAAGAAAUGAUAUUUAGACUUCAUAUUUUAUAAUAUAUACUAAAAACCAACUCAGCGAAAUUCAUGGAACUUGAAUUCAGUAUAUAAACUGAAUUUUUUACAUAAAAAUAUAUUAAUGAACAUAUAUUUUGCAUUGUUUAAUCUGUAAAAUAUAAGUUUACAUACCAGCAAAUUAAUGUGAGAACCGAUAUGUCAUCAAUGUUCAUAUCAGUCUGUCUCUAAUCCAGAAUUGAAUUUUAUUUCACCAACAGGACGACGGUUAAAAAAGCUCUUCACUGAGAAAUGAUGCUUCAAGGGGACAUUUAAAAAAUCUGUUUUUUAGUACGUAAUCAUUUUAACAAUAUUGCUGGUGGAUAAAAUCUGUACAAUCUUUCUAUUGUAGUUUCACUGAACAUGUGCCGUUACAGUUACCCAAAAUGCAAUUCUCUCUCGUACCAAUGAUAAUCAAUAAUCUCUAUGGAAAGAAAGGUUUACAAAGCCAUUAAGAGAUAAUUUAACACAUAUCUUAUCUUAGCUGAUGAGAUAAUAAGAGCUAAGUUUGUCUUGAACAGACCUUUUGCACUUUUGUCGAUGCACUAAACUUCUGUGCCUUUACUGACGCAAAAACAAAAACUGUCCAUGAACGAACUGUGAAUGUUUCAAAUCAGGUCCGUUCACACACGAAUGUCAGCGUUUCCUUUUCUUCCAGAUCUACAAUCUGAAAAAACUGUCACCAAAACGCAUUUCGUGAACCUUUGUCGAGUUAUUUAUUAAGAACAAAGGUCAAGUGCAUGUGUGUGUUUGGGUGUAAAUGACCUUGUGAACUGAAUGUGCCACGUGGACACACUACUCUGUGAUGUGUGUGUUUGCUGAGUGAGAUGACUGACCUUGUAACUGACGUAGCUUUAGUUUGUGUUAUUAUAUCUCGGUCAACACACUCGUCGCCUGUAAAACUCUUUGGUUUUCAAAAUUCUGUGACAAGUUACAUGGAAAUCUCUGAGUUUCAUCUUGUUGAACCUCGUGAUCGUUUUCUUUUAGUGGAAAAUUAAGGACAAGAUCAUGAAUGGGCUGCAACAUUGAUUUGUUCAGCACUCGUGGCUCCAAAGUUAAGCUUCUGGGUCCAUUACUUUGUGUUUUGUGACACCAGAAAAAGCUCAGGGCUGGUUUCAUGUGUGUGUGUGUGUGUGUGUG